ACACUAGUUACCAUUAACCGGUUACUCGGUUUACUAUAAACGCUAUUUAGUAAUUCUGUAUAGCAAUUAACCGGUUACUUUUCUUUCUCCACUAACCAAAUAACGGGCUAAAGGUUACCAGUUAAUGGUGAACAUAUCGCUCUACUUUCACUGACUUGUCGUCUGAAUCGACUAGCCGUAUUAUUUAAUAAUUAUUAUAACUGGAAAUUUAUUAAAGUUAACAUUUCAAAGCUGAUGUACAAUGUUAAUAAAUGAACUUCCAGAUGACUGUUUGCUGGCUAUUUUUGAUUACAUACAAGAUAUAAAAGAUUUAAUAAACUUAUUCAAAGUUUUCGAAAAAUGGAGUGAUAUAAUUGCUGAUCGGGCUAAAAAGCUUAAAUAUUUGAUUGAUCAACCAACUUAUUCGCCUGGUUAUGUUUAUCUGCACCUUAAGGAACCAAUUGAUGUAACAUGUUUGAGCAAAUUGUUUCCAAAUUUAAGGAUUGCCGAAUUUUCAUAUUCAUGCGAUGAAGAAGCACCAAUCGUCGAUAUGAUUAGACUAAUCAGAGGUUCAGAUUCUUUGAAAGGAAUAAUAUUUGAUUGUGAUUACCAUCUGGCAUUCGGAUGCAUACCGGAAAACGCUAACCUCGAAAUGUUAUCUACCGGAUAUAUUUAUCCAAACAUAGAUGGAAUCUAUGAAAAUGUGAAACAAUUGCACCUUUGGAACACUAAUCUAGGUCUAUUCGGAUGCGCGGCACAUCGUUUCCCAAAUCUUGAAAGACUGAAAAUUUAUGCUACAGAAGAUUUACGAGAAGAAUACUCUGAUGCUCCAGUAUUGGCAAAUCUUAAAAUACUUGAAAUGGGUUUGCCUCUCAUUGAUUGUGUAGGCACUUGCUGUUCAUUCAAAUUCAUGGAUGGGUGCCCAGCAUUACAGAGUGCUCAUAUCAGAAUUGAUUCCAGUCGCAUUACCUUCAAUCGUAUGAUAAAACGUGUGAACUUACGAGAUUUAGUCAUACAAUUUUAUCAACCAAGCGAAUGGAUUGAACUACCAAGAUGCAUGUCGAAAUAUCCAAAUCUGAAACAUUUGGCAAUACGAGGUACCUCUUUAAAAGAUGAACACAUCAAGGAAUUGAUAUUAAUUUGCCAAAACUAACACUACUUGAUGUUCGUAAAUCUUAUGGAGUUACUCAAGAAGCUGCUGAUCAUGUUCAGGAUUAUUGUAAGCGUUAUGGUCGAUCAAUCAAGUUUUAUUUCAAAAGAGACGAUAAACAAAUUGAAGCUGAUUGGCCGCAGUCAUUAAAUCCGUGGAAAAAAGUUUGUCGUGGAUUUGAUUUCAUGGAACAUUGUUUUUUCAAAAGUUUUUAUCAGUUACCUAAUUUUUUGGACCCAGUAGAUGAUUAAAAAUGAGAAGGAGAAAAAAUUAUUGAUCUUUUGUACGUAGUUUUUGUUUCAGUUGUGAGGUGUACGAUAUUGGAAAAAGUAUCUUACACCUCGAUAUCUUACUGAGAUCUUAAUUAUCGCUCUUAGAUGGAAUUGAUGGACCAUCACACCACUCAGUGCUGGGUAACCAAUAGUAUUGUAAUAUUGUGAUUCAAAGUUUAAAACCUUCGAUGAAAAACCAAUUGAUAAAUAAUAUAAAUGAUUAAGUGAUUGUAA